GAUACUCCAAGCCCUGCACGAGACAGUGCGGAUGUUCUUGGCUGUCACUAGUGGAGCCUUUACAUUUCAGCACCGCGGACAGGGCAAGGAGAGCACGGCCAGCCGCUUCAGCACCGCGGACAGCGACCCGGCAGGCUGAUCGCGGCUCAGUCCCUUUCAGCACCACGGACAGAGGCGUCGCCGGAUCAUCCCGGGUGUGCAGGGAGCUGUGUCUCUCUCUCUCCCCCCACAUCAGCCCCAGAGCGUCAGAUCCCCGGGUAAGCAUCCAACACAAAGCCGUUUAAAUCCCAGACAGUGUGAGCCAUCAAGUCACAAGGAAGACAAUCUACAGCUUUCAUCAAUCAAAGUAUCACACGAACCGGGCUCAUAGGAGAGUUGGAAGCCUUAUCUCGCCCGGAUCCUGCACUGGACCUGAAGGUUUCCCUAUCUGUGCAUCAGACCUGCGCAAAACAUGGCCGAGAUGCAUAACCUUCAGGAGCUGCGGAGAAGCGCUUCCCUGGCCACCAAAGUGUUUAUACAAAGGGAUUAUAGUGAAGGAACCAUGUGUCAGUUCCAAAUGAAGUUCCCAGCAGAACUUGACAGUCGGAUUGAGAAGCAGCUGUUUGAAGAGACAGUGAAGACCCUUAAUAUGUACUACAUGGAGGCUGAGAAGAUCGGAGGCAGUUCCUACCUGGAGGGUUGCUUGGCUUGUGCCACAGCCUAUUUCAUCUUCCUCUGUAUGGAGACUCAUUAUGAGAAGGUAUUGAAGAAAAUCUCGAAAUAUAUCCAGGAGCAGAAUGAGAAGAUCUAUGCUCCCAGGGGACUCUUAAUUACCGAUCCGGUUGAGCGGGGAAUGCGUGUUAUUGAAAUUUCCAUUUACGAAGAUCGGUGCAGCAGCGGCAGCAGCAGCAGCGGCAGUUCCAGCAGCAGCAGCUGCGGUGGAGGAGGUGGUGGAGUGGCAAGCCGUGCCCGAUGACUGGCAGAGAGUCCCUGCGGGGACCUGUACUGCCGAGACGACGGCCUUUCUGAAAUACGAAGACUGAGAUAUCAGAGCACAAGGUUUUAAUUCUGGGCUCUGAGGACAACUUUUCAUAGAACAACUCUGAUAUAAACGUCGCCACUGACUUACGAGAGCCGCGACCUGAAUCCGUUAAGCCAGGGAACAUAUUUUAUCUGCACACGAUACAAACAGGUCCCUAAUGGCUUUAAUGGUUCUUAAGAAAUGCCAACUUUCUACAAUAUGGCUCCCUUAGGAUCGUCGUGUCCUCUCUGGAUAAUACAAUUAAUCAGAUUUAUGUUCUGGUUUCCGAUCAACCAAAUAUAAAUGAUACUGAAACUGUUUAGCAAAAAAAAAAAAGAAACAAAUCUCUUCCAAAAUGUUUUGUCAGUCCCCAAACAAAGUAAUAAAUACAAACAUAUCGUCGCUCAGCUCUUCUCUCCAUCUACACCAGGAUACGCAUCUGUUCCCUGAAGCACUGGAACGCUAUGGAUUUCAUGUGACCAUUUUCCAGCUAAAUAUAUAGCCCCGUUAUACAAAACAAUAUGGAUAACAUCGUCAACACUCAUUAGAGCCUAGUUCAGGCGGCAUUGCAAUGAUAAUCUCAGACACACUAUAUACUUAUAAUGGCAGCCAGCCAUGCAUAACAUGUGUCUGAAACAAGGCGGCAUGAUAUAAGGUACUUUAGUUGAAAACGUUUGACUUCCUGUGACAUGACAUUUGACCUCAUCGUAUGGUAUUGCCUUAAUUAGCAAGGGGAAAAAAAGUAAUUGUAUAUAUCAAGUUUAAAAUCAAUAACGUGUUGGGUUCAGAUGUAUUGUAUGUGAAUUUGUGUACAUCUCAAAAGGCAUCCGCAUUAUUAGCAUAGGUGCUUGAAUUAUUACAAAUUACCAACAUCAGGGCGUAUUUGAACUGUGGCUGCCCUGUGUUUUUGGCUACCAGAGGGCCUGGCAUGCAGCCUAGAGAGCUACAGCCUUAGACCAUCAUUAGGAUGCUUUGGACGGUCAAUUUCUUCCUGGUCCUGGAUUGGGAUGGCUGUUGGUCAGUUAACCAUCGACGGUACUGUCAGUGUUGAAUUUUUAAUGGCAUGAAAUCAUCGAUGGGGGACCAUCGACAGUUUUGCACCAGUCAGUGGACAUCCUUGCUGUGGGGAAUGGCAGGUGGUGAGCCAAUCAGGGUAGGAGGUGGGGCUAAGCUUCAUGCCACUGCACCGAGUGGGGGAAAAAAUAUUGCCUCACAGCCAUCAAUGAUGGAGAACCAUCGGAUCUUCACCAUUGAUGGUAAAUCCAUUGACGAACCGUGUAAAACCAUUUGGCUCCUCAACCUCGUUGUGAAGUCAUGAUGUACUGUAUGAGCUGGCACGGCAGGCUCAGGGCAGCUUACCAGGGUAUGGCCCUUGUAGAAUGUUCCCUCCAACCCCAUCACCUUCUCAGAUUGGCAUAAGUGUGACAUGAAGUCAGGCAGUCAUCGCACAUAUGCAGAGCAGAAUUACAUACACUGUACAAACUGGCAUAGUACUAACUCCACAUUAGCCCCACUGGCCAUAUAAACCCAGCAUGGGAAACUUUACAUAAUGCCACUUUAAAGUCCAAUGAUGUAUUCUGUAUGAGGCAACAGGUUUGAAAAACACUGAGUAUAAGGUAAUGUGCAUUUUUACAAUGAUGAUGCUGGAAUCAGUAUGCUGAAGGUGGUGUUUUCCUUUAUACAGUAGUAUCUUAUACUGUAAUAUUACUCUUUUGCUGGUUAUUUGCAAAGAAAUUGAAUCUGCUUGCAGACUCUGUAGGCCUACUAUCUUCUUUAUACUCACGCUCGGGUGUGGAUCAUUAGAUAUGCACUAAAAAGGUCUAUAGGCAAUAGGUCGCCCACUAAUGUCCGACAUGCAUUAGUUUGACAAGAUUGACAGGGUCAAAAGGUCAAAGUGGAAAUGGUCAACACAGUUUGAAAAAAAUUGGUUGUUAUGCCACAAAAAAACCGAGCUGAGGACUGGAGAAGAGAGAAGGGGCGGCCACCACUGAUGCCGACUCUGCCGAACUGACAGCCAGUGUCGGACUGGGGCAUGUAGGGCCCACCAGGGGAAUGCAGUGGUAGGGGCCCUUGUUUAAGGGUGUGGCCAGUCUGCUAAAGGGUUGUGGCCUGCCACCUCAUUAGUUUGACUAACCAUUAGAGAGUGCAACGUCUGGGCCCCUUCAUGAAUAUAUACAGUAAAUUCAGCUGCUGCAUGCAUGAUAAUGUACCAGAUUAAUAACAGCAAUGCACUGUAGAAAAUACACUAUAGUCCAGUAUAAGGUAACAUAUGUAUAAUGUAUAAUUCAAGUGCACAGUCUAGAGCCUGAUCCUUAGAGCAGGAGGUGGGCCCCAGGCAGUGGGGCCCACCGGUGGUUUCCCCUGUACCCCUGUGGGCCAGUCCAAGCCUGCUGAUAGGUGAGAGUGCAGUGCCGGGGGCUAGGAAAGUUCCGGAGGCUUGACACCCUGGUAGCUUCAGCGCUGGUCAGGGACGGAUUGGGAACAAAAAGCGGCCCUGGAAAAAUUUGUACUAGUGGCCCCACAUGGGCAGCACCAGAGGUGUAAGGUCUAGCCAUGGGCCAUAGCAGCAGCACCCUCCCCCCAAGACUUUCCAGAUAGUGGGCAUGUCCAGCAUCAAGGGGGAAGUUAAAAAGAAAUAAAAUUAAAAAUUAUGAGCACAUUAUAUGAUACACCUUCAGAAUUUAGGAAACUAUAUCAUUCUUUAGAAAGAUAUAUUUUCUUGCUUAUUACACCAACCGUAUUCCAAUCACUGUUCACUCAAUCUUAUAUGUCAGCCAAGCAGGCAGACAGAGCAUACACUAGAUCAUCUGCAAUCACAGGCUAAGUGGCAAAGUCAUUUUCAUAUAUGCAAAUUAUUUUGCAUCUUAUUCAUUAUGUCUAUAAAUAGGACAACAUGUCCUCAAACAAAACAGGCCCCGCGGGUGCACCGGCCCACCGGGAAUCUUCCCUGUAAACCCUAUGGCCAAUCCGCCUCUGGCGCUGGUUAUCAGUACUCCCGGCCGAGACUGAAAGCAUACCUCCCAACAUGACCCAUUCCAGGAGGGACAAAAUGCUCUGUUCCUGGACUUCCCUCUUAAUGUAUGAUUGCCACCACAUGUGUUGAACUAGUUAAUUGAUAAGAAAGGGGUUUUAGCACAGGCAAUCAUAAAUGUAAAGGGAAGUCCAAGAACAGAGCAUUUUGUUCCUCCUGGGAUAGGUCAUGUUGGGAGGUAUGACUGAAAGAGAUAGCCUUCAUUUACAUUUUUUGUGGCCUCAGUGGUGCCCCCCAGUGGCUGUCAACCCUAGGCAACUGCCUGAAGCUGCCUAGUGGUAAAGCCGACCCUGAUGGUAAAGUAUGAAUAAUGUGAAAAAAAAACAACAACCUUGUGUCUAUUAUUGUAAAGUCGAUAUUUUGAACCUGUCGACCUAAUGUAUGUUGACCACUAGUGGUUGACCUAUUGACUGUAGACCUUUUUAGUGUAGAUCUAUAGACCAGAUACCCUCACACUCAAUAUAGAUAUUUUAAGUUGUGUACUACUCAUGCAAUAACACAGGGGGGGCACAAUCCCCCACAGGUACUGGAGACACAAACUUGCACUUUACAAUGUAUUGACUAUAAUAUCUCUAUACAUGUACCCCUAGUGCCCUGUACUUUUACCCCUUUUUUCGUCAUCUUUUAUUAGAGUACUCAUUGUAAAAAUACAAGUGAUACAAGUGCAUAGCUUAAUUUUUUUUAUUGCUCUUUAUCUCGGAAAAAGGGAAUAUUCAAUAACAUUUUAUGUCCAGUUUUGCCUUAAAAGAUGCCCAAUGAAAGUUAUUGUCUUCCCAAGAUAUUCUCUACUUGUAUUACCCGUUACAAAUUUUGGUAAAUCCCAUUUACUGUAGAUCCAAAUUCAUAUAUUCGGGUGCAGAUUGUGUAGAAUUUUUUAAAAACUGCCGAUAAACAAACCCAAAAUGUUGAACAAUAGCAGUAAUAUUACUGUAAUAUUAUUGUAAUGUUUUAUGCUUUUGGCUUAAGUGAUGUUUUAUAUAUAAGUACAGUACAUUUUUUUAAUUAAGCCUAAACCGUACACUGUAUUUCUUACGCUGAUGAUAGAAAACCUGAGUGGUAGCUGGACGUAACGACACAUCAGUACUUAAUCCCAGAAUCGAACACACCUUCCUGCAGAGGAAAACUAAGACGGCAGCACGCGGAAGUUCCCUGAUCAAUACCGAGCAAGGAAUUGCUAAUUGCAGGGCUGCCAUCAGAAAUUGCGGGGCCCGGGACUGACAAAAUAGGCAGCCCCCCCCCCCCACUGUGGAGGAGUCAGCUUUAGAAUUGCACCAGUUAACGUGUGUGUCUGCGCGCUUUAUCUCCUUCAUCCUCCUGCAGCUGUAUUGAAAACGUC